GCUCCCAAAACCGCAAAACCCCGGCUCUCUCCCCAUCUCAAAAAAAAAAAGAAGUGAUCUCCGCCCCUCAUUUUUCCCGGCAAUCUCAGCAACCAUCAAUCCCAUGGCCAGCAUCGCGAGGUCCGUGAUCCGGUCGUCGUCCUCCAUCCGCAAUGCAGCAGCCACAGCGGCAAAGCUCGGCACAGAAGCCAAAGCCGGUCGCUCCACCACCUCUUCCUUCUUCCGCAGCUCCUCCUCUCCCUCUCGCUUCCUCCUCAGGUCGCCCGUCGAGAUGAGCUGCUGCGUCGAGACGCUGCUGCCGCUUCACACCGCCACCUCUUCUGCUCUCCUCACUUCGAUGCUCUCCGUCACUCGUCCUGGCUACGGCUGGCUUUCCGAAGGCCAAGAUGAAACUAGAUGAUGAUCCAGCAGACAAAGUUGGCAACGAUGACGUGUGACAGGCUCUAGGGGGAUCUAAUGAAGUGCUGAGUAUGCCAUCCCUGCGAUCUAAGACAGUUGAUACCUGACAUUGUUGGGAAGAACUGCAUGAUUUAUAUACUGGCUGUGUUUUGUCAUUGAAAUUUUAACUAACCCGAGUGGAUUAUUAAUGGUUGGGUUCUUCAUAAGUUCAAUUUGCUGCAGACAUUGUUUUGAGGUUGUUUGGUGGAUAUGAUUUAUUGAGAUUACUGAAAUCUGAUUGACUGGUCUAA